GGAGGGAGCGCUGCGCUCGCACCAGCUGUUUCCCGCCUUGAGCGGCAGAGGCGCGGCGCGCUCAGCUGGGGCCGGCGCCCGCAUGGAGUACUUCAUGGUGCCCGCGCAGAAGGUGCCCGCGCUGCAGCACUUCAGGAAGUCAGAGAAGGAGGUGAUCGGCGGGCUCUGCAGCCUGGCCAACAUCCCACUGACCCCAGAGACCCAGCGGGAUCAGGAGCGGCGGAUACGCAGAGAAAUCGCAAACAGCAACGAGCGAAGGCGGAUGCAGAGCAUCAAUGCCGGCUUCCAGUCUCUAAAAACCCUCAUUCCACACACAGAUGGGGAGAAGCUCAGUAAGGCGGCGAUUCUCCAGCAAACAGCUGAAUACAUCUUCUCUCUGGAGCAGGAGAAGACUCGGUUACUGCAGCAGAACACACAGCUCAAGCGGUUCAUCCAGGAGUUCAGUGGCUCCUCUCCGAAGCGGCGGCGGGCGGAGGACAAGGACGAGGGCAUUGGCUCGCCGGACAUCUGGGAGGACGAGAAGGCAGAGGAUCUGCGCCGAGAAAUGAUCGAACUCCGACAGCAGCUUGACAAGGAGCGGUCGGUCCGCAUGAUGCUGGAGGAGCAGGUGCGCUCCUUGGAGGCCCACAUGUACCCUGAGAAGCUCAAGGUGAUCGCCCAGCAGGUGCAGCUCCAGCAGCAGCAGGAACAGGUGAGAUUGCUGCACCAGGAGAAGCUGGAACGUGAGCAGCAGAUCCGAACGCAGCUCCUGCCGGCACACGGUCCCCCAGCACCCACCCAUCAUCCCACUGUGAUUGUACCAGCGCCGCCUCCUUCCCAUCACGUCACCGUGGUAACCAUGGGCCCAUCCUCCGUAAUCAACACAGUCUCUACAUCCAGGCAAAACCUGGACACCAUUGUUCAGGCAAUUCAGCACAUUGAAGGGACGCAGGAAAAGCAGCUGCAGGAGGAGGAGCAGAGGCGUGCAGUCAUCGUGACGCCUGUCCGGGCGUGCCUGGAGCCCUCCAAUUCUGACACCGCCUCCGACACAGAGGGAGAUGACAGUGACUCCAUGGAUCAGAGCAAGGAAGAUCCCUCAGGGGAGGGGGAGCUGCCCUGA